GGGCGAUUUUGGUAAUUUCGAACAGAAUAAAGCAUGUGGGUCUGAAUCUAAUAGAAGCCGGCAAUCCAUGGAGACUAUAGGAGAAUGAUGUGCGAAAUUAAUAACACGAAUCGGAUCACGAAGAUAAUGCUGCAACGAUCUGCCAUAGUUCAGCACCGGACAAGCGUCACCGCCGCACUCCUGUUCGUGUUCGUUGUAAUCUUUGAAUCGUCUAAUGCUGCACAGGUCGGAUGCAGCAAGAUAUGUGUGGCGGAGAAUUGCAAUACUAUUGGGAUUAAGUACGGUAAGUACUGCGGAGUGGGAUGGAGUGGAUGCCCUGGGGAGAAACCUUGCGACGAUCUGGAUGCUUGUUGCAAGAUUCAUGAUGAAUGCGUCGAGAAACAUGGCAUGACUAACAUUAAAUGCCAUGAGAAGUUCAAAAGGUGCAUAAAGAAAGUGCAAAAAUCUGGGAAGGAAGGGUUCUCCAAGACCUGUCCAUAUGAUAUAGCAGUGCCUACAAUGACUCAAGGCAUGGAUAUGGCAAUUCUUUUUAGUCAGUUGGGUAACCAAAAGAUUGAAUUAUAGCUAGUUAGUUGCACUUACCACAUCAUUCUUUCAAAUUAAUUGCAAUUUUUUUCCUCAUUGAACAGAGGAAUCUGAACAAUUUUCUUCCUUGAAGUGUCAACAUUUUACUUGUGUUCAUCAACACUCAAUACUCUUUUCGACUGCAAUUUGCUAAUUAUGUGCGAUAGAUUUAAAAUGA